AUGGAGCCUGCACACACCUUGCAAAGCAUUCUUGACGAAAGAUCUUUAAAAUGGGUAUUUGUAGGUGGCAAAGGAGGGGUUGGAAAAACAUCUGUGGCGGCCUCGUUAGGAAUUCUGCUAUCAAGACAUCGUGAAUCUGUAUUAAUUAUCUCUACAGACCCAGCACAUAAUUUGAGUGAUGCUUUUGAUCAGCAGCUUGGACCAACACCGACAAGAAUCAAUGGAGUUCCUAACCUUUAUGGCAUGGAAAUUAAGCCUCAAGUAUCGAUGGAUUCUGUCGAAAUGCCUUCGUUUUUUGGUGUCCAAGCUGACCCAGCAACCAAAAGCUUAAUGGGCGAAAUAAUGGCAUCAAUCCCAGGCAUAGAUGAAGCGAUGAGCUUUUCUGAACUAUUAAAAACCGUGCAAGAAAUGAGCUAUUCUAUGAUUAUCUUUGACACAGCCCCAACUGGACAUACCUUAAGACUGCUUAAUUUCCCAACCAUUCUUAACAAAGGAUUAGCCAAAAUUGUAUCACUUAACUCCCCCCCAUCCUUGAUCGAACGACUCGCUAUCGUUCGAUCAAGGAUGGGGGUUAAAAAAAAUUUUUUUGGGAAAAAAAAUUUAUAUAUAAAAUGAAAAAGAUAUAUAUAUAUAGAUUUUUUUUAUUUACUUUAAAUAAGAGGGUUAAGAGUAUUUAAUAAUUAUAUUUACAGCAAAAAAAUUGAAUUAAUUUCAUAAAAAUACCAAUUUUUAAUAUUUUAAUUUAUUAAUUACCCUUUUAAACUGUAUAAAUUUUAAUUUAAAUUAAAUAUUUUUUUAAAAUUUUAAAGAAUCUCUAUUUUAUUAGAUUAUUGAGCUUUUAAGCCUAUGUUGAUGUCUAAAUCACUUCGGAUGGUUGAUUUCGCAGCUUUCUGUCGUCUCAAAGCUCUGAAAACAACUUCAUUAGGCACAUCUUCCAAAGCAUUUGAUAACUAAUAUUUUUUAUAUAUAUAAAAAUUGUCAUGAUAUGAAAAUCGUUCGAUCAAGGAUGGGGGUUAAUUUCCCCAAUUUUUAGGAAUUUUUACAGUCAAUCGUUCGAUCAAGGAUGGGGGGGGGAGUAAGCAAAAUUUAGGAGCUUUGGUAAAUCAAGUAUCGAAUAUGUUUGGAAGAGGAGAGCAAGGGGAGCAGCUUUAUAAUACGGCGUUUGAAAGAAUGGAGCAGAUGAAAAAUAUUAUUGAAGAGGUAAAUAAGCAGUUCCAGGACCCUUCUAUUACGACUUUUGUAGCUGUGUGUAUACCUGAAUUUUUGUCUAUUUAUGAAACAGAGAGGUUAGUACAAGAAUUGUGCAAGUUUAAUAUAAAUAUUGAGCAUAUUGUUGUCAAUCAAGUGCUAUUUCCAGAAGAUAAAUGCAGAAUGUGCAUUGCAAGGCAAAGGAUGCAGCAGAAGUAUAUGGAUCAAAUAAAGGAGCUGUAUGAAGAUUUCCAUAUUGUGGUGUGCCCUUUAUUGGAAGAAGAAGUCAGGGGAACUGAAAGACUGUCGUCAUUUAGUAGAUAUUUAUUAGAACAGCGACAAUAA